UUCUGUUCCGUAGAGAGAGAGAGAGUGCUUACACCCAAAUUAGUUGUCACAUGCAUUUGCCUAUCUUACCAUCUCGACUCCCUCUCCCUCCCCCAUAAAUAUCCUCUUCUUCUCCUUCCUACCUCCCUCCCUCCCUCUCUCUCCCUCUUCCCAUUAUAAUAGCGUCGUGCGAUCUCCAUCGCACCUCUCAACCUUCAUAUCUCCUCUCUCUCUGUCCGUGUGAUCCGAUCGACGAACAAUGAGGGAGAUCCUUCACAUCCAAGGCGGGCAGUGCGGGAACCAGAUCGGUUCCAAGUUCUGGGAGGUCAUCUGCGACGAGCACGGCGUCGACCCCACCGGCCGGUACAAGGGCGACGGCGGCGUCGACGAAAGCGACCUCCAGCUCGAGCGCAUCAAUGUCUACUACAAUGAGGCUUCCGGCGGCCGCUACGUCCCCCGCGCCGUCCUCAUGGAUCUCGAGCCGGGCACCAUGGACAGCAUCCGCUCCGGCCCCUACGGCCAGAUCUUCCGCCCCGACAACUUCGUCUUCGGCCAGUCCGGCGCUGGUAACAACUGGGCCAAGGGCCACUACACCGAGGGCGCUGAGCUCAUCGACGCCGUCCUCGACGUCGUCCGCAAGGAGGCCGAGAACUGCGACUGCCUCCAAGGUUUCCAGGUAUGCCACUCACUCGGAGGAGGCACUGGUUCAGGGAUGGGAACUCUCCUGAUCUCAAAGAUCAGGGAGGAGUACCCGGACAGGAUGAUGCUCACAUUCUCUGUCUUCCCUUCACCCAAGGUCUCCGACACAGUCGUGGAGCCAUACAAUGCCACUCUCUCCGUGCAUCAGUUGGUUGAAAAUGCUGAUGAGUGCAUGGUCCUUGACAACGAAGCCCUCUAUGACAUCUGCUUCAGAACCUUAAAGCUCAGCACCCCAAGCUUUGGGGACCUGAACCACUUAAUCUCUGCCACCAUGAGUGGCGUGACCUGCUGCCUGAGGUUCCCAGGACAGCUGAACUCUGACCUCCGGAAGCUAGCUGUCAACCUUAUCCCGUUCCCCCGUCUCCACUUCUUCAUGGUGGGCUUUGCCCCACUGACCUCCCGUGGAUCCCAGCAGUACAUCUCCCUUACCGUGCCAGAGCUGACCCAGCAGAUGUGGGAUGCGAAGAACAUGAUGUGCGCUGCUGAUCCUCGUCACGGUCGCUACCUUACAGCCUCAGCCAUGUUCCGUGGGAAGAUGAGCACCAAGGAAGUGGAUGAGCAGAUGAUCAAUGUCCAGAACAAGAACUCCUCCUACUUCGUAGAGUGGAUUCCUAACAAUGUGAAAUCAAGCGUGUGCGAUAUCGCACCAAGGGGCCUGAGGAUGGCCUCGACUUUUGUCGGGAACUCUACCUCGAUUCAGGAGAUGUUCAGGAGGGUGAGCGAGCAGUUUACAGCAAUGUUCAGGAGAAAGGCGUUCUUGCACUGGUACACUGGGGAGGGCAUGGACGAGAUGGAGUUCACUGAGGCAGAGAGCAACAUGAACGACCUCGUGGCAGAGUACCAGCAGUACCAGGAUGCCACUGCCGAUGAUGAGGAGUACGAUGAGGGAGUCGAGGAGGACUAUGAGGCCUGAGACAGAUCCAGUAACUUUGAGGAAUCUGCCUCCAUCUGAAUUAACCGGGUUUCUCCCGAGGAUGUGGUUCCAUCUUUCUGUUUGUUUCAACCAAGAUAUGAGUUUCAGUCCUUUUCCUGUCUCUGCUUUCCGUUGUGGUCGGGUUAUAUAUGUUGCAGUCUUACUUUGUUUGCUGAGAGACUUUGGGCCUUUUGUUGGCUUAUCCGCCUUUUCAUCUAGUGUUUCAAAUAUACUUCAUUAGUUUCUGUUCGGAAAACAGCCAACAGGCCCCUACCUUAAAAAGUACAUCCCUGGGAAAUCUGAUGAUAUUUUGCUGUAUUGUAUUGUAUAGUGUCUUCAUGUAAUCUUCGGGUUUUCUCCCGGUAAUUUCAUGUUACAUCCCAAACAUAUUUGCUAUCA